AUGAAGUUCUCCAUGGUCCCCUCGUUGCUUCUUCCCCUGCUGGCGGCUGCUGCCCCAGCCGCCCCGGAGAACCCUCCUUUCGGUGUCAUGUCCGCUCGCUCUGCUUCCCCCAUCCACCUCCUCCCCAUGACCGCCUCCGGUCAGAAGUUCUACCUUGGAGGCAAGACCCAGUCCUACUGCCCCCUCCCUGAGUCAAAGGACUGCCCUCCCGGCACCGAGACCGUUUUCUCCCCUGGUGGCUAUGGCUUGAACGUCAAUGUCCCCGGCGGCCAGCAGGUCUAUGUUGACCCUAAGGGCGCUCUGUCCUUCACCCAGGCCCACUCCGCCUAUAUCCCGGAGGGCUCCGCCGUGGGUCCCUUCACUUACAAGCCCGGCGAGCAAUGGGGCUACUACUCCUUCAAUGGCUGGGGUGCUUCCGGCUUCAUGGCUUGCCCUACUGAGGACAACCGCUGGCAGGUGUUUGCCGCUGUCCAGAACGCUACUGUCCCCAAGGGUAACGUCGCUGAUUGCCUUGGCUUCGAUGCCUUGGCUCCCAAGGCUGCCAAGGAGGCUGCUGCUUGGCAGUACAUUUAA